ACGGUUAAAACGAUGUAUAGUUUCUCUUGUUGCAAUAUGGCAGCAUCUCUGUUAUUCUUGGUAAAAUGAUAAUUCUAGUUGUUUAAAUAUAAUAAAGAUGAGUCAAAAACGCAAAAAUCGGAAUGGAAAGGACGACUUUGAAUAUGAUCCAGCGCCUAAACAUCUUCACGUUGCUCAUAUUAAAAACCAAGACAAGCGUUUAAUUAUUAUUUUGGAGAAAGCUCAGUUAGAAUCAGUUAAGGUUGGAAACAGUUUUGAGUUAUUGAAUUGUGAUGAUCACUUUAACAUAUUGAAAAAGAAUAAUCGUGAUCCUGGUACCUGUAGACCAGAUAUUGCUCAUCAAUGUUUAUUGAUGUUGAUGGAUAGUCCCCUAAAUCGAGCUGGACUUUUACAAGUUUACAUCCAUACAGAAAAGAAUGUAUUGAUAGAAGUAAAUCCACAAACCAGGAUACCAAGAACAUUUAAACGUUUUGCUGGUCUUAUGGUACAAUUAUUACAUAAAUUUAGUGUUCGUGCCAGUAAUGGUUCAAUGAAACUAUUGAAAGUAAUUAAAAAUCCAGUUACUGAUCAUCUGCCAAUUGGAUGUCAUAAAAUUGCAAUGUCAUUUAGUGCAAAUAAAGUACAAAAUCCACGAGAAUUAGUUCCUCCUGGUGAACCAAUAGCCAUCACAGUAGGUGCAAUGGCACAUGGACAAGUAAAGCCAGAUUAUGUAGAAGAUGUAAUAUCUAUAAGCAAUUAUCCAUUAUCUGGUGCUUUAACAUGUACCAAAUUAUGCUCUGCAUUCGAAGAAAUUUGGGGAAUAGUGUAAUUUCAAGUUAAUACACAUUAAUGUAUAUA